CAUGUUUUGCAUAUAAUUUACAAAUCAGAUAUCGAUGAAUUAUCGAAAGUGAAGGGGGCUAACUAUCGAUAAAAAGUUGACUCCACAAAUCGAUAUUUUUUUACUUUUUCGUAUAUAAUAGGAAUUAUCGAAAUAACAGUUAAUAGGUUUUGGCCUUUAAAGUCUUUUUCUCUAUGGGGCCCGCUGCGACUAUCGACUUAAUGAUACCCUCUUUUUCUCGACCAACUUUGAAGGGGUAUAAAAACAGAACGAACAGAGUGUGAAGGUUGUUGAAGGUAAAGCAAGACUUGGCAAAAGGGGUUGCAAAAGGAAAUGAGACAUCGCGACAGUUAACUGAGUGACGGCGGAACACUUGUGACAGCUUUGAUAUGCCCCGCCACGCCCACAAGCCGCCCUCUUUUGGCUGCACUUGAAGCUAGCCAUGAACUUGGAACGCACCGCGACGCCUUGACUGAGAUGGGAAUGGGCAAGGGCAGGGGCAGGGGUAGGAACUUGCAAGACACUUGUUUAAUCAAUAAACGGCAGGACACGCAAUUUCCUUGAGUCGGUGCAGGAAUUGAGCCAUUUCUCCCAAUCGCCAAGCUAUAUUCAGGCACUUGACACUUGCCCUUCGAGGUUCGUAAUUCGAGGGAGGGGGCGAGGUCAGGUUGAAUGAACUGCUCGGUUGGGGUUGCCAUAGUUAGUUAGCAUACGCUCGCUCAGUCUGGCAAUAUUCUGUUCAUAUUCCGCAGGACAUCGCCUCACCUGGCAGGCCUAUCAUCGCCUGGAGGAUAUUCACGGCUUUAUUGAUUACAUGGCCAAAACGUAUCCGGACAUUUGCUCCACCGAAACCAUCGGCCACUCCGUAGAGAAGCGUCCGCUCAAGAUACUCAAGUAAGUUCUCCGACGACGAGGAGCUGCUGCAGCGUCCACCAGGUCUUAAAUGUUCGCUUUUCCUUGCAGAAUCUCCAAUGGAAAUGCACGCAAUCCCAGCAUCUGGAUCGAUGGCGGUAUGCAUGCACGCGAAUGGAUCAGUCCCGCAACGGUCACCUAUAUAGCCAAUCAGUUGGUCGAGGGCUGGGAGGAUCUGCCCGAGCAUAUGCGAAACAUUAACUGGUACAUCCAUCCGGUGGCCAAUCCCGACGGCUACGAAUACUCCCACACCACGGACCGUUUGUGGCGCAAGAAUAUGCGCGCCCAUGGACGCCAAUGUCCGGGCGUCGAUCUCAAUCGUAACUUCGGCUACAAGUGGGGCGGCAAGGGCACCUCGGCGAGUCCCUGCUCGCAGACAUAUCGCGGCAGCAAGGCCUUCUCGGAGCCGGAGACAUUCUACAUAUCGAAAUUCAUAAGCGGCUUCCCGCGCGACACUUUCCAGGCGUAUCUGUCGUUCCACAGCUACGGCCAAUAUAUACUCUAUCCCUGGGGCUAUGACUAUCAUCUGACCAAGGAUCGCGCCGAUCUCGAUCGUGUGGCACGCCAAGCCGGCUCGAUCAUCACCAAGUCGUCGGGCGUUAAGUAUACGGUGGGAUCUUCGGCCACAACGCUCUAUCCGGCCGCCGGCGGCUCGGACGAUUGGGCCAAGGGCAUUGCGGGCAUCAAGUAUGCCUACACCAUCGAGAUGGGCGACACGGGUCGCUACGGCUUCGUCCUGCCCGCCCAGUUCAUUCAGUACAACGGCAAGGAUGGCUACACCUUCGCCGAUACGGUCGCCCGCGCUGUUGCCCUGGGACGCACAACGGAUGCCAGAAGCAGCUCCAGCUCCAGCAGCAGCCGUCGCCGCCGCACUCGCUAGUUGCCUGAACUUAGACUUAGUUUAAUAUGACUUU